AUGGAUGAACUGUCGAAUAUCUAUGUUAAUGUAGAGAGACCAUCAGGUAAUCGCAACCAGAGGAAAAGGGAGAGAAAAAGCUCUGAAAAUAUUUAUGAAAAUGUAGUCAACAUUCAGGAGCCAAAUGGAUCUGGACCAUCACACUCAGGUGCUGCAGAUGUGAAGAAGAGUUCCUGCAGAGCUGCUGCAGUGUGUCUGGGUCUGCUGUGUCUUCUCCUUCUGACUGGACUUACAACUUUAGUUUUCCUGUUUACCAAGAGCAACUCUGAGUGGGAGAUGGAGAUGUUCCUGUUACAAGACAGGAACAACAACCUAACGAAAGAAAGAGACCAGUUACAGACCAGUUACAACAACCUGUCUAAAGAAAGAGACCAGUUACAGACCAGUUACAACAACCUGUCUAAAGAAAGAGACCAGUUACAGACCAGUCACAACAACCUGUCUAAAGAAAGAGACCAGUUACGGACCAGUUACAGCAGCCUGUCUAAAGAAAGAGACCAGUUACGGACCAGUUACAGCAGCCUGUCUAAAGAAAGAGACCAGUUACGGACCAGUUACAACAGCCUGUCUAAAGAAAGAGACCAGUUACAGACCAGUCACAACAACCUGUCAAAAGAAAGAAACCAGUUGCAAAAAAAAAAUGAAGCCCUGACCAAGGACAGAAAUGAUCUUCAGAGAAAGCUUGAAGCGCGAUGGAUGUAUUUUAGAGGCAGUUUCUAUCACAUUUCUUCUGACCAAAAAACGUGGCAAGAGAGCAGACGAGACUGUCAACAAAAAGAUGCAGACCUGGUGAUUAUCAACAGCAAAGAAGAACAGGAUUUCACAAGACAAUUCAAGAAGUACAUGUGGAUUGGCCUGACUGACUUACAAACAGAGGGGACAUGGAAAUGGGUGGAUGGGACUCAAGUGACCAAAAGCUACUGGGGUCCUAAGGAGCCUAAUGGUGGGAGUGGUGAAAAUUGUGGGGAAAUGAAGUUUGAUUCGGAAAACAGCUGGAAUGAUGGAAGCUGUUCCCUUUCACACUUCUGGAUGUGUGAAAAGAAAGUCCGUCCAUAA